ACAGGAAGGGAGGGGAGAGAAAAGAGAGAGCUAGAGAGAGAGGGAGAGAGAGAGAGGGAGAGAGACGGGGGAGCCUGCGCUGUUUUCUUUCAACUGCUGCAUUCUUCUAGUUUGUGCCUCCCUGGGCUUUGCUGGAGUGCAGCGCAAGAGGGGACAACUGGUCGGGAGAAAAGCUCCCUGAAGGAAUUUAUCCUCCUCUCUUUGCGCUCCCCUCUGUUCAUUUCUGGGACAGAGGGAAGAGGAGGAGAGAAGAGGGAGGGACUGAGAGCGGGACUUCAGAAUCAGCUGCACAGCUCAGUGUCUCACCUUGCUCCAGAGAGCCAUAUCACAAACAAGCACACACACACACACACACGCAUAUAUUUUCAUAGAUUGGAGUCACAGUUCAGGCUGACCAGACUGGCAGACGGGGAGAGAGGACACAUAGGCAGACAACACAACACAGACAGACAGACUUGGUGUCAUGGCGUCAGUGGACAGCACCGGUUCGGGUGUCUCUGGUCGGCUGAGAUCAGGGGAUCUACUUCAUCCCGGUUUGGUAGUUGCACUGCUGCUCGGCGUAUGGAGUGUUGGUGGACUGGAGGUCUCAACAGGUAAAGUGUCUUCAAUUGAAGCAAUGAAUGGCUCCACAGUCCUGCUGCCCUGCACCUACUCCUCCUGUAUUGGCAUCAAAAACCUCUUCUUCAGCUGGCGCUAUAAUGACAAUGGAACCAUGCAACCGUUAUGUCAAGCAGUGAUUCCCAUUGAGGGCGUGGAGCCCAGGGUCGCUGUGUACCACGAGCGUGUGGAGUUUGUCGGCUCCUCGAAAAGCAACAACAUCUCCAUCCUGCUGUGGAACAUCACCUUUGAAGAUGAGGGAGACUACAUCUGUUUCGCCAGGAACCCAAAAGAAAAGAACCGCAACCACAGUGCUGUCUUCACUCUUAUAGUCGUGGACCAAAUGAAGGAGGUUGACAACACUUUGACAACCAUCAUUGUCUCAGUGCUGGGUGGAGUCAUUGGCUUAGUUAUAAUUGUCAUGGUGAUAAAGGCCUUGGUUGUUCACUUCCUGCUGAAGGAUGAUGAGAAGAAUAAAGAGUGCCUGGUGAGCUCCUCAGGGAAUGACAACACAGAAAAUGGACUUUCAGGAGCCAAAGCUGACAACAAAGGGACACCAAAGGCAUGAGCGAAAUGCAAAGUACGUCUGUAUGUUUGUAUAUAUGUUAGACAAAUGUACACGCUGAGAGGAAAUGCUGUUAUCAGUGGACUGUUUUAUCUUACUAGUGGCUAACUAAUACAACAUGUAAAUGCCUAUUUUAAAUCAUGCUUGAGAUUUUGAAGUGUGGGAUGUGCACAGGCCUGGAUCACUCUCUCACCUAUGGUAGCCCAUUUGUUACGCAGUGUAAAGCCUCUGAUCUACAUCCUACUGGGACCUAAGACUUUGUCUCCAGUAGAGCUUCAAGUAAACCACUUACAGUAUUGUAGUUUGUCAAAAACCCUUGUUGACAUUUUCUCAUUCAGGUUACACCUUUGAAGAAAUUACACUUCUUGCUUAACUUUGAACUUUCUAUAACUACAACUAGUAACUAUUACAUCACUUUAGAGGAAGAACCAUGUAAAGAAGAUCCUCACUUGUUUUAAAUUCUUUAUUUAUAGACUUCAUUUCAAUAUUCAACUGCCAAAAUACAGUCUCAGUCUACAGUUUGAGUUGACAAGCUACAAUCUGUUUGAUUCUUGGGGCUCUCGCGUGUAAUCCACAACUCUGAGUCAAACUUGGACCCAAACCUGAGGACAAACCACUUUGAUCCCAUGAUGCAUUGCCACAAUAUAUGAACUGCCAUAAGAACUGAUGAACGGCACAUAACUGCUGAAAUGCUACUCUCUAAAGCCCUCACCUGGCACGGACGCAGAUCCACCUGUAAACCCAAACCAGAGGACCAUUCUACAAGACUUUUGUUUGCAAGUGUAAGUCAACAUUUUUCAGUCAUAAUUGAAUACAAAAGUACUUAAUAUUCUAAGUUAUUAAAUCUGGAAAAGAUGCAUUUUUUGACACUGCCUGUAAAAUUGCAUUUUAACAUUUAAGAAUUAGGUAUUAAUACUGUAGCACUGAUGGGACAGUUUAAAUACAGCUUACUCUUUUUGUGAGUAGCUAGCAAACUAUUUCUUGGUUUGCUAGAGGUAUUUAUUUAUUUAUUGGUCCAAAUAUAACCACCAACCUUAACUACUGCCACGGUAGUCUGAAGUUCAGCUUCCAUGUUUACUGCUGGGUCCAGGUUUGACGCGCUGCUGUGGUGCUUCGGUUCACUCAUUCUGUCGGAAGAUUCUGAUCAACAACGGUCUAGCUAAGGCUGACAACUGGGCUUAUUUCUUAGGAGACUGAAGGAUCCAGUUCUGCACAGGUUUUUAUUGUUUUGCUUUAGAUGAAACACAGGUGCCUGUUCUGCUUCUGCUCCCCCUGCUGGUGGGAAGAUAAAAACACAGAAAAUAUAUUAAAAAAAAAAAAACAACCAACCCUAACCC